AUGGCUCCAAAAAGUCGAAGACUCUGUUGUUUCACCACCGCUCUGCUUUUGAUCGUCAUUGUCCUCGCCGCCGUCUGCGCCGCUCUGUUCCACACAAUCUUGAAACCCCGGCCGCCGGUGGUCAUUCCCCACCCCACGCGCCUCCGCAACGUCACCGUCGCGCUGUUCCCGGAGCCGAGCCUGAGCGCGUCGCUGAACAUGACGAUCACCAUCAAGAACCCCAACUACGGCGACUGCUCGUACCGGAAAGCCACCGCCGAGGUGUACUAUCGCGGCACUCCGGUGACGGCGCUGCCGCUCGCCGACGGCGCGGUUCCGGCGAAGGGGCAAAUCGACGUCGUCGCGCACGCCGACCUCGUCGGCGGCAAGGUCGUGAGCAGCCCGAGUUUCUUGGCGGAUAUCGGCGCCGGAAGUUUGAAUUUCACGUCGGUGGCGAAAAUGCCGGUGAGGGUUACGGUGUUGAAGAAAUUGAGGUUUCAUGUAAGGGUUAUUAUCAGCUGUAAUAUGUCUGUUAGGGUUUCGGAUCAGUCGUAUGAUGUUUUGUCAACUUGUGCCUCAAAACUCAAGAUCUGA